AGCAGCUGAGUUUGCAGAAAGCCCUGCAGCAGUGCGAGCUCGUGCAGAACAUGAUCGACAUCAGCAUCUCCAACCUGGAGGGGCUCCGCACCAAGUGCGCCGCCUCCAACGACCUCACGCAGCAGGAGAUCCGCACCCUGGAGAGCAAGCUGGUCAAGUACUUCAGCCGGCAGCUCUCGUGCAAGAGGAAGGUGGCCUUGCAGGAGCGCAACGCCAAGCUGGAGGGCUUCCCGCAGCUCCUGCACUGGUUCCGCAUCGUCGACAUCCGCAAGGAGGUGAUGGAGGAAAUCGCGCCGGGGCAGCUGAGCCUGGAGGAGCUGCUGGAGAUGACGGACGAGCAGGUGUGCGCCACCGUGGAGAAGUUCGGGGCCAACAGCGAGGAGUGCGCGCGGCUCAACGCCUCCCUGUCCUGCCUGCGCAGCGUGCACAAGUCGGGAGGCAGCCUCUCCAAGCAGGACUGGACCAUCCAGUGGCCGACGCCGGAAACGGGCAAGGAGAACAACCCGGUGGGCCAGCCCGAGGCCGGGCCCUGGCUGAGGACGCACGUGGCGCCGAGCCCCAAGGCGCCGGCCAAGUGCGCGCAGCACUCGUGCCACGCCGAGCGCCUCGCCGUGGAGGGGCUGCCGUGCGCCGAGGCCGGCCACCGCUCGCUGCCGCCGUCGCCGCGGCAGCGGCACGCGCUGCACACGCCGCCGCGCACGCCCAACAUCGUCACCACCAUGACGCCGCCGGGGACGCCGCCGGCGCGGCGCCGCAACAAGCUGAAGCCGCCGGGGACGCCGCCGCCGGCGUCGCGCAAGCUCAUCCACCUGCUGCCCGGCUUCACGGCGCUGCACCGCAGCAAGUCGCACGAGUUCCAGCUGGGGCACCGCGUGGACGAGGCGCACACGCCCAAAACAAAGAAAAAGAACAAGCCCUUGAACCUCAAGAUCCACAACAGCGUGGGCAGCUGUGAGAACAUCCCCGCGCAGCGCUCCCCGCUGCUCCCGGAGCGCUCCCUGCGCUCCUUCUUCGUGGGAUACCCGCCCUUCCUGCCCUCCACRCCGCCCGUCCACACCGAAGCCACCUUUUCUGCAAACACGCUGUCAGUGCCUCGCUGGUCCCCGCAGAUCCCCCGCCGCGACCUCGGAAACUCCAUCAAACACAGGUUCUCCACCAAGUACUGGAUGUCGCAGACCUGCACCGUGUGCGGCAAGGGCAUGCUCUUCGGCCUGAAGUGCAAAAACUGCAAGCUCAAGUGCCACAACAAAUGCACCAAAGAGGCCCCGCCGUGCCACCUGCUCAUCAUCCACCGCGGAGCGAGGCUAGUCCGGACCGAAUCCGUGCCCUGCGACAUCAACAACCCCCUGCGCAAGCCGCCCAGGUACUCGGACCUGCACGUGAGCCAGACGCUGCCCAAGACCAACAAAAUCAACAAGGACCACAUCCCGGUGCCCUACCAGCCGGACUCCAGCAGCAACCCCUCCUCCACGACCUCUUCCACGCCGUCCUCGCCGGCGCCGCCGCUGCCGCCCAGCGCCACGCCGCCGUCCCCGCUGCACCCCUCGCCUCAGUGCGCGCGGCAGCAGAAGCAGUUCAACCUGCCAGCUUCCCAUUACUACAAGUACAAGCAGCAGUUCAUUUUCCCUGAUGUGGUGCCUGAGACGCCAACGCGAGCCCCGCAGGUGGUCCUCCAUCCCGUCAACUCGAACCCAAUCCUGGAAGGAAAUCCAUUACUUCAAAUUGAAGUGGAGCCGACGUCGGAGAAUGAGGAAGGCAACGAGGAGGCCCAAGAGUCGGAGGACGACUUUGAAGAGAUGAACCUCUCCCUCCUCUCGGCUCGCAACUUCCCCCGCAAGGCCAGCCAGACCAGCAUCUUCCUCCAGGAGUGGGACAUCCCCUUCGAGCAGCUGGAGAUCGGGGAGCUCAUUGGCAAGGGGCGCUUCGGGCAGGUGUUCCACGGGCGCUGGCACGGCGAGGUGGCCAUCCGCCUCAUCGACAUCGAGCGGGACAACGAGGACCAGCUGAAGGCCUUCAAGCGGGAGGUGAUGGCCUACCGGCAGACCCGCCACGAGAACGUGGUGCUCUUCAUGGGAGCCUGCAUGAGCCCUCCUCACCUCGCCAUCAUCACCAGCCUGUGUAAAGGACGGACUCUCUACUCGGUGGUGAGAGAUGCCAAAAUGGUCCUGGACGUCAACAAGACGAGGCAGAUAGCCCAGGAGAUCGUCAAGGGAAUGGGCUACCUGCACGCCAAGGGCAUCCUUCACAAAGACCUCAAGUCAAAGAACGUUUUCUACGAUAACGGCAAGGUGGUGAUCACAGACUUCGGCCUCUUCAGCAUCUCGGGAGUGCUGCAGGCGGGCAGGCGGGAGAACAAGCUGCGCAUCCAGAACGGCUGGCUGUGCCACCUGGCGCCGGAGAUCAUCCGCCAGCUCUCGCCCGACACCGAGGAGGACAAGCUGCCCUUCUCCAAGCACUCGGACGUCUUUGCGCUCGGCACCAUCUGGUACGAGCUGCACGCGCGCGAGUGGCCCUUCAAGACGCAGCCGGCCGAGGCCAUCAUCUGGCAGGUGGGACGGGGCAUGAAGCCCAACCUCAGCCAGAUCGGCAUGGGCAAGGAGAUCUCGGACAUUCUGCUCUUCUGCUGGGCCUACGAGCAGGAGGAGCGGCCCUCCUUCACCAAGCUCAUGGACAUGCUGGAGAAGCUGCCCAAGCGCAACCGCCGCCUCUCGCAUCCCGGGCACUUCUGGAAGUCGGCAGAGUAA